AUGAAAUCCGCAAUAGCGGCGAGUGCCAUUCAAAGGGGAGAUUGCCACCAGCUGCGCGCAUCUUUGAUUAAUGGAUCCAAAAUCGCAGACUGCAGCAACCGACUGGCCAUUAUUCCGUUGGAUAUUGCUGCCAAAAAGGGAUAUAAGGCGAUCAUAGAGCUAUUUAUAGCGAAUGGUUGCCCAAUGCGGUAUCACUGUUAUGACGCCUCAUACUGGGAGGAUGACAUCAAAGUCACGGACAUGAUGGCAGAAAGUGCCAAUUUCAGCGGCCUAGAUGCAUGGAUUGAUCACCUGGCAAAGGAAGGAGACAUGAUUCCGAAGAUUUUGAAGCGGGCUAUGACAAGAGCAGGGAGGUAUGGGCAUAUGAAUGUCAUGGAACUCGUCCAGGGGGAAUGUGAAGCCAUGUAUGGUAGCCCUGUGUGGCUUGCUCAUGCGCUUGAGUGGGCCAUUAGUUAUGGCUCUUUGGAUGCGAUUAAACUCCUUUUCCGUCGGAGUGGAGUGGAUACAACGACCCGAAAAAGCCCACCCGACAGGAUGCCGCUCUUAAAGGUUAUUUAUCGAUGUCCAAUUGGCAAGAGACCGGAUAUUGUUAGAUUCCUUCUUGAAAAUGGGGCAGAUCCAAAUGGGAACGACCCACCGAAGAAAAGCACACCCUUCGAAGUGGCCAUCAAGGCAAAGGAUUUUGAAUCUGCCUCUAUUCUAUUCAAGCACGGAGCAGUCGUCACUUCCAAAGAAUGA